AUGCUAGAAAAAUGGGAGAAUGCAGUUAUGAAAAUAAACAACAAUGGCCAAGUGUGGAGAGCUACUCGAUACAGCUUCAUAUGCAGUAACCAUUUUGAACGAUUGGAUUACAUUGUUCCUCCAACGACUGCAGAAGAGACCUGUAGAUUAAAAAAAAAUGCAGUACCAUCAGUAUUUUCAAUAUUGGAUAUACCUAACAGCAGUGAUCUUUCUGAUACAGAAAGGAGACGGCUCGGGCUUCCUAGAAAACGUUCACUAUCACCAGAUAAAUCAGACUUCAUGUCACCUGCAGCAAAGAUUCUACGUGAACAUAAUUAUGCAAGAUGCAACGAAGAACCACAAGAUGAUGAAAAUUUAACCGAGGACGAGCAGGAUGAAGAACCAGAUAGAUCUGAAUUACAACAGAAAUUAAGACAAAAAAUUAAGGGUUUACAACAGCAACUGAGACGAUCUAAGAAAAAGUUACAGAGCAUGAAAGAUCUCAUUUUACAUUUACAAGAAAAAUUGGUCAUAAGCACAGAACAGGCAGGUAUACUCCAUGCAGCAUUUGACAACCUACAGUUAUCGAUUUUUCAAAAUGCAAAAGACAACUUAAGCAGUACACCAACAGGUAGAAGAUACUCUGACGAAGUGAAGGAAUUUGCACUAACACUAUAUUUUUAUUCUCCUAAAGCAUACCGGUAUGUUAGGUCUAUAAUUCCACUACCAAAUCAAUCGCUCCUUCGGAAGUGGUCAUCGUCUGUUAACUGUGAACCAGGUUUUUUUAAGGAAGCAUUUACUGCCUUGGCAAGUGAAGUCAGCAGAGAUGCUAUUAAAAAGGAUUGCUGCUUGAUUAUUGAUGCUAUGGCCAUCAGAAAACAAACAAUAUGGGACCCAAAGAAGGAUUGUUAUGCUGGUUUUGUGGACUAUGGCCAGGGAGGACCGAUCCUUGAUGAUCCGGAGACGUUAGCUUCGGAAGCACACGUUUUCCUGCUGGUUGGAGCUAGAAGCCAUUGGAAAUGCCCAAUUGGCAACUUCCUUACUGAUAAGAUCUCAUCUACACACCAGGCACAAUUGAUAAACAUGGCACUCGAAAUGGCAGCUGAGGCAGGGUUAAAGGUAUGGUCUAUAACGGCAGAUGGAACGUCAGUCAACCUAAGCACUUUCCGGCAGCUAGGCUGUCAAUUCGGCACAACAUAUGACACCAUUGUUCCAAAAUUUAAACACCCCACCACAGGAGAAGAUGUAUUUGUUAUUGCAGAUCCAUGCCAUAUGCUGAAACUUGCUAGAAAUGCAUUGGCACACCUUGGCACAAUUAUUGAUGGUGAAGGGGAAAAAAUACAGUGGGAGCAUUUUCAACAACUGUACAUCCUUCAAGAACAGAAGGGAUUGAAGAUGGGCAACAAGUUAUCACCCAACCACAUCAAAUUUGAAAAGCACGAAAUGAAUGUUCGGCUAGCAGCUCAGACGUUAAGCUCUUCAGUGGCUGAUGCAAUAGAAUUUCUUGACAUUGGUAUGAAAAACCCCAAAUUCCAAAACAGCAGUGGCACUGUCAAAUUUAUCAGAACAAUCGACCGUCUUUUUGACAUGCUAAAUUCAAGAAGUCCAAUUGGAAAAGGGUACAAACAACCACUACGACAAUCGAAAAAGAAUGUGUAUGAGGAAAUUUUGAGAACCACAGCCAAUUACCUCCUUCAACUCAAGACAGAUUCAGCCAGUCCACAGCAGCUGGCAACGCACAGACGAAAGACCUUCAUAAUUGGUUUUGUCGCUACCAUCAAAUCAACGACUUAG